AUGGCCACCAUCGCAAGAUUUCUUACCUUCAAAUACAAUAUUGAAGAUCCUUCAGAAUUGAAUAUAAACAUAAUCAAGGAGAAUCAACAAAAGAGUCUAAUGAAGAUUAUUAAAUCGAAGAUGUUGCAUUCCGUACUUUUCAAAUGUUGUGAGGAUCAGAAUGUUGACAUCAAUAUGUCUACGGAAUGGCUAGUGAAUGGAAACAACAGUCCGAGAUCAGAAGUCAUAGUCUGGCUAUUUCAGAGUCCACGACUGAAAGUGUCAGUUGGAGGACUACAAAGAGGCACUGAGUCGCCUUCCUUUAUUAUUCAGGAUUGUAUUAUUCAGAAUCGAAAUAUAUUUUUCAACGAUAACGGAGGAAUGUGCAAUCAUUGUAAUCAAGCUAAAAAAUCUGUUGAUCACAUUGCUACAAGAUGUAGCAGAAUGCUGAACAGUGAUUAUACCAGAAGACAUAAUGAAGUUAUAAGAUGCAUCCAUUUGCAUCUCUGCCGCCAAUAUGGAAUCAGGAAAACCAAAAGGUUAAAGUCACACACAGUCCAGUCAGUUAGCUCAAAUCAUAAAGUGGAGAUAAUGAAGGACACCACCUUGCAGACAGAUGUUCAUGUAAAAAACAAUAUACCAGAUAUCUUUGUCCUUGAUAAAACGAAAAACGAAAUCACUCUAAUUGAAGUCGGAAUUACUUCCCACGCCAUGUUAAAGCAAGUGGAAGUAGAAAAACUGCAUAAAUAUGAUCUUUUUGCUGGAGAAUUAUCUCAAAUCCACGGUGCGAAGGUAACGAUAAUCCCCAUUGUCCUCACAUGGGACGGGAUAGUUUCUAAAUUCUAUAAGUCUUAUAUGGAAAGACUGAAGUUGGAUGCUUCCACUAGAUCGUAUAUACAAUCGCUGACGAUUAAGAAGACAUUGGAGGCCAUGCUUGUUGAACAUAAACAUGGAGUGGAAAUUGAAAAACAUGAGGAACAAGUUUCAAGGGCCACCAAUCACCUCCUAAAAUUGGCUAGAGAAACAACAGAUCCACCAGAUUUGCCGGAAGAUGUGUCUCAUGUGUCAUAUGAAGUGUUAGAAGAGAAGAAUACGCAGAUCCAGUGCAACGGUCCAAAAAGGAGGAGAAUUAUAUAG